AUGGCGCGCUUCGCUCAACUCGCCGCCGUUCUGGCCGCUGCUUCGCUAGCCAAUGCUCGCGCGCCGUUCAUCAAGGAACGCCAAGUGCCCGCUGACCCUACCGGCGUCACGACCAUCACAUCUGCUGCUGGUGCUAAGAUCACAUACAAGCAGCCUGGCAAGGCGGGUGUAUGCGAGACCACCGAGGGUGUCGACGACUAUGCCGGUUACAUAAGCCUCAACCCGACGACGAACAUGUUCUUCUGGUUCUUUGAGGCUCGCGAGAACCCUUCUGAGAAGCCAUUGACCUUGUGGUUGAACGGAGGACCCGGAAGUGACUCUCUCAUUGGUCUGUUCCAGGAACAUGGCCCUUGCAACGUUACCGAGGACUUGAAGACACAGCUAAACCCUUACUCGUGGAAUGAGCGCAGCAACAUGCUGUACCUUUCACAGCCCGUAGGUGUCGGCUUUUCCUACGAAACCACCGAGACAGAUGAGGAUGGCCGCUACUCGCUCGUCGGCCCAGACACUGCAAACACCACCGAUGCUGCAGCCAUUGGUGCAUGGCACAUUCUCCAGGCUUUCUUGGAGCUGAGCCCACAGCUCGACCCCGAUAUCACCAACUUCACCUUCAACCUCUGGACUGAGAGUUACGGAGGUCACUACGGCCCAGGCUUCUACAACUACUUCUACCAACAGAACCAGAAGAUCAAGAACGGCUCAUGUGCCGGUGUCGAAGUCGAGAUGGACACUCUCGGUGUCAUUAACGGUAUAAUCGACGAGCAGAUCCAGGCGCCCUACUACCCCGAAUUUGCCGUCAACAACACCUACGGCAUCAAAGCCGUCAACGACACCGUCUACACCUUCAUGAAGAACGCCUACUACAUGCCCGAAGGCUGCCACGACCAAAUCGAAUACUGCAAGCAAUCCGACCGGACCACCGAAGCCGGCUACCUCACCUGCGCGGAAGCCACCAACCUCUGCCGGUCCCUCGUCGAAGAGCCCUACUACGCCUUCGGCGGCCGCGGCGUCUACGACAUCCGCCACCCCUACGACGACCCCACGCCCCCGGACUACUUCGAAGACUUCCUCAACAUGGCCUCCACCCAAGAAGCCAUCGGCGUAAACAUCAACUACACCAGCACUAACGCACCCAACGUCUCCUACGGCUUCUCCACCACGGGCGACUUCGUCUUCCCCAACUUCCUCGAAGACCUCGAGGAGAUCCUCAGCUACGGCGUCCGCGUCGCCCUCCUCUACGGCGACGCAGACUACAUCUGCAACUGGUUCGGCGGCGAAGCCGUCUCCCUCGCCGUCAACUACACGGACUCUGAAGCUUUCCGCGCUGCGGGAUACACCCCGUUCCUUGUUGAUGGCGUCGAGUAUGGUGAGGUGCGCGAGUAUGGUAACUUCUCGUUUACUAGGAUCUAUGAGGCGGGGCAUGAGGUGCCGUACUACCAGCCUGUGGCUAGUCUUGAGCAUUUUAAGAGGGUGCUGGAUCAUGUUGUUAUUGCGGAUGGGAGUCAAGUUGUUACGGAUGAUUAUAGUACGAAUGGGACGGCGGAGAGUACGCAUACGGAGGAGUUUGUUCCGUUGCCGCCGACUAGUACGCCGAGUGCUAGUGCUGUUAGUAGGGUUAAGAGGAACGUGGUUUAG